GGCUCUAGAUUCCCGGCUUCCCCCAUCGUGCUGUUCAAAGCAUCUGAAGCUAUGGCUCGCAGUGGUCAGCUGAUGCAGGAGACACCACUCCUCAAGUUUCCGUGUCUCAGGCUCGUUCAUCUCUUUGUGCCGCUGCUUUGUCUUUCACGGGUGUCUUCAGGUGUUGAUGAACAAGUAUCCAAGUCAGUGAAAGAUAAGGCAUUGCUGCCUUGUCAUUACAACUCUCCUCAUGAAGAUCAGUCCAAAGACCGAAUCUACUGGCAAAAACAUGACAAAGUGGUGCUGUCUGUCAUCGCUGGGGAACUAAAAGUAUGGCCCGAGUAUAAGAACCGGACUUUAUAUGACAACACUACCCACUCUCUUAUCAUCCUGGGCCUGGUCCUUUCAGACAGGGGCACAUACAACUGUGUCGUUCAAAAGAAGGAAAGAGGAAUUUAUGAAGUUAAACACUUGGCUUCCGUGAAGCUGUCUGUCAAAGCUGACUUCCCUACCCCCAACAUAACUGAGUCUGGAAACCCAUCUGCAGACACUAAAACGAUUACCUGCUUUGCUUCCGGGGGUUUCCCAAAGCCUCGCCUCUCUUGGAUGGAAAAUGGAAGAGAAUUACCUGGCAUCAAUACAACAAUUUCCCAGGAUCCUGAAUCUGAACUGUACACCGUUAGUAGCCAACUAGAUUUCAAUGUGACAUACAACCACACCAUUAAGUGUUCCAUUGAAUACGGAGACGCUCUCGUGUCAGAGAACUUCACCUGGAAAAAACCCCCAGAAGACCCUCCUGAUAGAGAGAACACAAUUGCGCUCUUUGGGGCAGGAUUCGGUGCAGUAAUAACAGUUGUCGCCGUUGUCGUUGUCAUCAUCAAAUGCUUCUGUAAACACAGAAGCUGUUUCAGAAGAAGAAAUGAGGCAAGCAGAGAAAUGAACAACAGCCUCAACUUCGGGCCUGCAGAAGCAUCAGCCGAACAGACUGUCUGAAGGUAGUCAUCUGCCUUCCUUUAGCUCUUCUCUGUUCAUGUGGGAUACAUGGCAUUAUGUGGUUCAUGAGGUACAAUCUUCCCUUCAGCACCGUGCUA